AAAUUAUGCAUAAUAUGAAUACAUUACACAUUCCAGUUUGAACUAUCCACAAAUGACUGUAAACAAUAGGGUAAUUGAGCAUGAUAUGCCGGGUUUUUUGAUGGCACUGACUUGCUGAAACUUGGGAUGGUAAAAUUGUAACGCGGUUGGAUAGCCUUGCAAUAAUUCUCCUAUGACUCGCUUCAUACAAAAAUUACCACGGUCCCUUCGCACUGAAAGCCACCGGCUGCGUAGGGUUGAUGUGGGACUUUUUCUCUCUCUGGAGAUUGAGACUCCGUUUUCAUUGUCUUUCUCUCACCAGCCACAUCAUGCCUGAAAGGGCAACCACAGGAAUGGCUGCAAGUCGUAUGAACAAACCGCGAAAUACUGUAUCAUACAUAUAUGUCAUAUUCGAACCAACCAUUCCAUGGUUGAGUAUCAUGGUCAGAGAAAUGUUUUCGAGCAAAGGCGAGAACAAAUGCAUGUUGACAAAGAGAAGCUUCUGUCUAACUUUUUGUCUGGCACAUACAGCACACAUGGCUUUUUUCUUUUCAUUUCAAAGUAAUCGUGAUAUUUUUGGGGCUUUGGGUCAGAUGCGGAGAUGAGUAAUUGACUGCGUGUAAAAAAUAUAUGAGCAGCAGUGCCAGUUAAAAGUACUGUAGUAAGGAUGCUACAGUUUUUGCAGGACCAAUGAAAGUCGACGUGAAUUGCGAUGUAUUUCACUGAGGAAGCCGGCGGUGGUUGCAAGACAAGCGAGUAGGCAAUGAAAUCGC